AUGGACACCCUACUGUCAGCAGUCUGCCUUUCAAUCCUCUUCUUGGCUGUACCCGUCAGUGGAGACUGUUCAAUACCGGGCUACACCGAUUUCAAUGAAGUUUGCUACAAAGAGUUCGCUGAUCAGACGUCAUACUUGGGAGCCUUACAGAGGUGUGCGGCAGACGGGGCGAUGCUGGCCAUGCCAAAGGACAGCGAGAUCAACACUUUUAUCUCCAAUUUGAUAACCGGGGGAGACCGCUGGAUCGGCUUAACUGACGCCUUCACCGAAGGCGAAUGGUUUUAUCAGGACGGCAGUGCUUUGGCUUAUUCCAACUGGAACCACCUUGAACCAAACAAUGCUCAGACGUCCGACGGAGAAACCGAAAACUGUGCCCUGAUGGUGGACAGCUCCAACUGGAAUGAUUAUCCGUGUAGCUGGGACGUCGGAUUCGUCUGUCAGCUAGAUGCAACUCAGCAAACUACUCAGGUACCCACGACAACUACUACUCGGCACACUACGGACCAAACGACACAACGGACAACCCUCCCAGGAACAACUACCAGUCGGACAACACAACGGCCAACGCUUCCAGGAACAGAACCAACUAACCAGGGAACACAGCGGCCAACUCUUCCAGGAACAACUCAGAACACCACUAACCAUGGAACACAACGGUCAACUCUUCCAGGAACAACUGGUUCUCAGAACACCACUGACCAGGGAACACAACAGUCAACUCUUCCAGGAACACCUGUUUCUCGGAACACCAUUAACCAGACGACACAGCGGCCAACUCUUCCACGAACAACCAUUGUUUCUCAGCAGGCCACUAACCAGACGACAAGGCCAGCAGAAGGGGAGGCUUCUAAAGUUUACAACACCACGUGGCCGCUGAACCUCGCCCUGUUCUGUGUAGGCUGUGCUGUAGGCGUGGGAAGCGUGCUGCUGUACAUCUAUGGCAAGAGACGCCAAAGAAGCCGACAAGUGACUCAAGAUCUGCAGGAUUGAGACGAAGUAUAAAGCAAAUGUGAUAGAACGUUUGAGAACGUGAACAAAGCAAGAAGAAUGUUUCAGUUUUGGUUAUGACAGUAGUUUACACUGGAAAUAGACAUCCAAUAUGUAUUCUGUACGCCUGCAUUGUAUUGUAUCAUUCUAUGUGUUGGUUGAUGAUGUCUGUGCCUCUCUGUUUUCGUGAUUUAUGUUCAUGUCAUGUAUGAUAUAUGUAGAAGCCCCUCCUCCCACCGGGGUACCGUAGCAGUGUUUUUGUGUUUGCACGUGUAACUCACGAUCCUUUUGGUGGAUUUGUUAUUUGACAUGAUGUUUGAUAUUUGAUGUGCUGCAAGCUAUUGAUGUCGGGAUGAAAAAAUUAUUAUUAUUUGGAGCAUUUAGCUGUGUUUUGAGGUGACACCCCCGUGCUCAAAGUGGUGUGGCAUCGUCCAUAGUCAUGAUACAGAACCAGUGUUGCCUUGACCAAAGGGUGUGUACCC